AUAUAUAUUAUACUUCUACUACUGAAUUUAUGGCUGCAUUAAUUUUUGUUUAUCUCUCUGAAUUUAUGCCUGCGUUAUUAUUUGUUUGUUUCUAAAUUUGUUCAUUCUGAUUAUUCUCUUGUGGACUACUGCGAUCCUUUGAAAAAUCAAAAGGUGUUGCCUCCUAUCCUACCCAAUGUCGACGGUCCGAGAUACACCCAGUGCACUAAGUGACAUCACUAACGUCGCAGGUAUGAUGCCAAAUAGGAUACAUGUAUAGUAUUUGUGGGUGUCUAUUUAUUUUCCAUCUCUCUCUAUAGAUGAUGCCCGACGGACGAGGGAAGAACGGAACUUGCGGCAACGGGCUCGUCGAGCCGAGAUGUCCGACGAACGAAAGGAGGAGAUGAGAAGGAAACAACGUGAAUACUCGCGUCAAUAUCGACAAAGGAAGAAUGUCGAAUCCCAGAACUCUGCACUUUGUUUGGACAAGGAAAAUAUAGAAUCUAUGGCUAUUGGUAAAUAUCGCAUACAUGACAUGAAUUAUUAUAGUACAAAUACAAGAUGAUGUCACUCUAUUUAUUACUACAACAAUUUAUACGAGAUGACACUCCAUUUAUGCAGGUGAUCAGCAUUUUGGGAUAGACCAAAAUUCACCAUUUAUUACGAACGAGUCAAAUACCGAGCCAACUACAGAUGGGAAUCAUAGCUACGGUGGACUGCUCACAGGAGCCACGAUAGAAAGUAGACUACCUUUGAACAACGGUAACUAUCAAUUACCAUCACUUCAUGUGGCAUAUCUAAUCCCAAUGAUGACUAGCCUUACAGAAGUGGAUAUGCAGAUACUGCUAACACAGUGAUGGACACAAGAAAUAACCAACAUCGAAAGAGGAAAGUUGAGUUGACCAACGAAGAGUUACAAGAAAAGAGAAGGAAGGCUGCUGAGUACCAACGUCAAUAUCGAGCACGAAAAAAGGCUGAGUUGCAAAAUAAUAAAACCACGAGCAUUGCCAACCAAGACAGUGGUGGAGUAAUUGUUCAACCGUCCACAACCGCAAGUGCGAAUUUGGGAACUGGAUUAUCGACAAUAGUGCAAAUUGAUGACUCUGAGGAGCCUACAGAUUGGUUACACAAAAAUGAUAAUUAUGUUCCUACACGUAGGGAACCACCUAUUGCCCAAAAAAUGAUUUAAUUAUCUGGUAUAGCAGCAUCAAUAUUGCCCGGAGGACGCACUGCACACUCCAGAUUUAAAAUUCCAAUUAAAAUUGGGGAGAACACAAUGUGCAGCUUUUCAAAGCAAAGUGGCACUGCCGAGUUGCUUCGUAGAGCCUCGUUGAUUAUUUGGGAUGAAGUUGCCAUGACCAAGCGACAGUGUGUCGAGACACUUGAUAGGUCCCUACAGGAUAUCAUGGAAUGUGGUUUGCCAUUUGGAGGAAAGGUCAUGGUAUUUGGAGGAGACUUUAGACAGGUCCUUCCUGUGGUGCCACGUGGGACAAGAGCACAGGUAACUGAUGCUACUUUGCAGAAAUCAUAUUUGUGGGACCAAAUAAGAAAGAUACGAUUGACACAAAACAUGAGAGCACAGUCAGACCCUUGGUUUUCUGAGUACCUGCUACGAAUCGGAAACGGAACCGAAGAAACAAUUGGAGAUGAUUAUGUUCGACUCCCUGAUGACAUUGUGAUUGGAUAUACUGACACGGAUGAGGCAGUCAAUAGACUCAUUUCCUCAGUGUUCCCGUCACUUGAAGAGCAUGCAACAUCGGCUGCCUAUAUGAGCGGACGGGCCAUUCUAUCAACCAAAAAUGAACAUGUUGAUAGGCUGAAUGCAUUGAUGAUUGAAAGGUUUCCAGGUGAGGAGAAGGUUUACCACAGCUUUGACACAAUCGUUGAUGAUCCUCAAAAUCACUUCCCUAUUGAUUUUUUGAACUCAAUAACUCCAAAUGGCCUUCCUCCACAUGAGCUAAAACUGAAAAUCAAUUGUCCUGUGAUUCUUCUACGUAAUCUAGAUCCUAACAACGGCUUGUGCAAUGGAACAAGGCUAAUGGUCAGGGCAUUGCAAGACAAUGCAAUUGAUGCUGAGAUCGUUGGUGGUCAACAUGUGAGAAAAAGAGUGUUCAUACCAAGGCUACCAUUGUCUCCCUCGGAUGAUAUUUCUCUUCCUUUUAAGUUCAAGAGAAAACAAUUCCCAGUGAGGUUAAGUUUUGCCAUGACAAUAAAUAAAUCGCAGGGACAGACCAUCCCAAACGUUGGGAUCUACCUUCCAGAGCCCGUGUUCUCACAUGGACAGCUUUAUGUUGGUUUAUCAAGGGGUGUGUCAAGAUCAACAACAAGAAUUUUAGCCAAACCGAAAGAGGAAUUGGAUCCUACAGGGAAGAGCACCAAGAAUAUAGUUUUCAAAGAUGUCCUAAAUUGGUGAUAAACCGUUGAUAUACUCAGUGUUCAGACUUUAUCAGAAGCAUCAUCCUUCGCGUCCUCCCACUGCUGCUUCGGCGGAGGCGUGCCCUCCGCAUUCCUGACCGUGGCCAGCUUCUCUGCCAGUCUCUGCACCAGUGCCCUCUGACCCCUUUCUCUGCAAGGAACGAACAAUAAUCAAAUCAAAUGAGAGGCCCAGUUGAAGCCGGUUUCACCACACAAGAAUUCUAGCAAAACCAAAAGAGGAAUUGGAUACUACAGGGAAGAACACAAAGAAUAUAGUUUACAAAGAUGUCCUAAAUUGGUGAUAAACUGUUGGUAUACUCAGUGUUGACAGGUGCCAAACCUUAUCAAAGAUGACAUGGGACAUAUGACAUGACACAAAGAAAAAUGGCAUCUUCAUUGCCCUGAGACCAUAACAAGUUGAUGCACUUUGUCAAGAAAUAAUAGACUUUACUGAACAAAACAAUUGUUUGGUUGUACUGUAAUAAACUAUGUGUGUGUUGAAUUUCUGAUACAAAACUAUCUAUAUGUCUUACCUGAUAUAUAGGGAGCGCACUGCAGCUUCUCAGCAAGUCUGGUGAA